CCCUUCCUUCCUUUCUCUCUCUCCCACUCCCCCUCCCUCUCUUCCUCUCUUCCUCUCUCUCCCCUCCCUUUGGAUCUCUUAGUAGACUCAGGGAAGAGAGAGCGCAAACAAGGACAGAAGAGAGAAAACAGACAGAAGGCAUCACUUUGACGGACUAUCUUCCAUCUGCAGAUAACCACACCCGAGUUGUACUUUGCCUUUAAUUCCGUUUCUGGACCCCUCUUUUCCAGUCAGCUGGGAGAGACAAAGCCCCGAGCCCUGAGCGGCAGGGCUCUGGUCGGGGGCUGGCUGGCUGGAAAUUGACGUGGCAUGGGAAUUUUCCGCUAAGUUGGAGCAAUUUGCGAGCUCCUCGGAGAUCGAGCCCAGCGCCCCGGACCUGGAGCCAAACCCUGGGCUCAGUGACUCUACAGAAGAAUGGAUACAGUCCCCCACUCCUCGCCUUGGACCCGCCGUUUUUUCUGGCUCUCUAUCAUUUCGCUGAAAAUCAAACCAAGCAGUUAAGUCGGGAACUUGGUUUUCGCAGCUUGAACCAGAAAAUUGGCUGCUCCGGUUCCCCUGGCUCUUUCUGCAAUCUAACCCCUUGCUGCCUUUGCCAUGGGGUGCGGACUUAGGAAGCUGGAAGACCCUGAUGAUAGCAGCCCGGGGAAAAUAUUUUCUACCCUGAAGAGACCGCAAGUAGAAACAAAGACAGAAUUUGCUUAUGAAUAUGCCCUGCUGGACUUGACUUUACAAGCUUCAACCAACCCAGAAGUCAUCAAGAUAAACUCGGUUCUGGACAUCGUUGCCAAAGUGGAAGACUACUAUCUGAAGGGCUACGUCGUUGGGGCCAUUCAUCCAGUUUUACAACCUGUGGGGCAUCGGAAACACCUGCCAGCAAGUCACCUGUACAGAGUGGUGCUGUCUCGCCUGAAAGCAAGCCCCAAGCACCCAGCAGCCCCAGGUGGACAAAGGCACGCAAGACUCGUGAUAGAAGAGUGUCCUCUACCUUAUGAGACGGAGACCAACAACGCAGCGAAGGAACUCAUAGAGAAGAUUAAUGCUGCCGCCAAGAGAGGAAAGAAGUUUGUUGGGUUUGUAUCACAGUACGACUCGCCGUCCCCACACUGCAACGGAACCAGCCAGGAUGGAGACGCAGAAUCGGGGCUACCCGGGAGACACGGUUCCCGUGACAACUGCAAAAGCUGGAAUGAAGGAGACGCCGGCGGACAGUUGUCUGAGAGCAGAGCGGAGGAGGAACCGCGGCGUGAAAGUGGACAGGGGACAGACGGAAACAGCAGUCCCAGCUGCUCUAGACCAGAGCUGGGAGGAGAUCACAAGCUCUACAUGGUCUUCAACACCUUUGACGAGGAGUCGGCCUGCUGGAGCUACCGGGAGGGUGUCCUGUCCAUGAAGGUGACGCGGAAAGGGGCCGUCAUCAACACCCUCGACGCCAACUGGCUCGACUUAACGACGUUCUAUUAUAAACAAGGCUUGUCUUUAGUUGACGCUUUUGUAUCCUGGGAGACACCUAAAGGGGACUCUUCGCCUAAAUCUCUGGAAGGAUUUUUCAUCUAUGAAGACGAAGGUCCUGGAACUCCAGGCUCUAACAGGAGAGGAAAUGACGCCAUUGUGGUGGAGCAGUGGACAGUCAUCGAGGGCUGUGAAAUCAAAACAGACUACGGCCCUCUGCUGCACACCCUGGCUGAAUUCGGCUGGCUUCUGACCAGUGUGCUGCCUACACCCAUACUGAGACACGACAGUGAAGGGAAUUUGGCUACAAAGCAGGUCGUAUUUCUCCAAAGGCCAGUUGUGUGGAGCUCAGCUGCCCAGACCCCAGAAAGGAAAGCCAGCCGACUGCUGAAGGGCGAGGACAGGAACAAGGUCGGCAGCAGGAGCAUCGGCCUGGACACCGGCGCCUCCCACCCCGCGGAAGGCCGAGCCCCUCUUGACGGGGGCCCCCUCUCUCCUUCCAGAGAGUGUUGGACCAAGGAGGAGCGGCCAGCACAGAGCGACAGUUUCUUGGGGUUCAGCAGCAGCGACAGCGUCCUGCGGGAACUGGAUGACGGACAGUUUGAGCAGGAAGAGGGCGUGACGCAGGUCACUUGCAUGUGAGCAGCCAAGAGAAGCUGUCGAGGGCCUCGUGAGUGGUUAUUAAAUGUCUGCCCGCUGACCUGAUCUCACUACUGCUAUGCAUUUACAUAACGUUCUUCACUUCCGGGCUCGGGCUUCCCCCUGUCUGUGUAAAGUUUGUCUCAAUCUCUCAGACAAGGAAGAAUAACCCACUAUUUAUCAAUUGAAAACAUGCUUACAUUUCUCUCAACUAAAACAUCAGUGUAAAUAGAGGUCCCAGCUGGUCCUUAAGAAAGAGCCUGGCUCGUUUCCUCAUGCACGGACAAAGCCUAGCUCCUCAUCACGCCUGUUAAAGAGACUGACUAUCCAAACAAGCUCUUCAACCCAGUAGAGCCUUCUCAGGAAGCCACAGCCUUGCUGAAACUCAAAACUGCUCUCUACCCUGUCUCACAGACACAGACUAUCUAUCCCCCGCCUGUAACAAUCAGUCUAAUUUUUGUUUCUGACUGGGGCAUGCGCCUACAAAUCAAACCCCUAUUUUUCAUAAUAAUUUCCAAAAACUAUUUCCUAAUUUUUUUGUUUGUUGUUUUGGUUUUUUUUGUUGUUGUUUUGGUUUUGUUGUAUUUUUCAAGACCAGGUCUCUCUGUGUAGCUCUAGCUGUCCUGGAACUCACUUUGUAGACCAGGCUGGCCUCAACCCACAGAGAUCCGCAGGCCUCUGCCUCCCAGUGCUGGGAUUAGAGGCGUGCGCCACUACUGCCGAGUUUGCGUCUUCUUUCAAAGGGCCACCACCACAUGGCCAGGCCUGCAGUGAAUCGUUAACUUUGGCAUUGUUGACCCCAAGAGCCUACCAGCAACACUAAAGAGAAUGAAUGUCUUAAACCAGCCGAGGGCUGGCAAGAUGGCUCAGUCAGCAAAGGUGCUUCUUGCCACGCCCGCCCGCACAUGACCUGCGUGCAAUCUCUGGAACCUCUAUAAAGGCAGAAAGACAGACCCGGCUCUACAAAGUUGCGCUCUAACCUCCACAAGCAUGCCUUAGUAUUUGGGCCUGCGUGCCGGUGCACACGCACGCAUGCGAGCACAAUAAAACUGGGUUUCUAAAACUCAGCUGAAAGAGAGCCCACAAUCUCAGUGCACAAAAGCCAUAGCAGACGAAAACAUUGCAUUACCUCGAGCAUGUUGGCACACCUUUAAUCCCUGGCACUUGUGAGUUUUCGGACAGCUACACAGUGAGACCCUGUCUCAGAAAAAUAAACAAGCUGGGCAGAGGUGGCGCACACCUUUACUCCCAGUACUCGGAAGGCAGAGGCAGGUGGAUCUCCGUGAGUUCGAGGCCAGCCUGGUCUACAGAGCCAGAGCUACACAGAGAAACCCCGUCUUGAAAAAGAUAUUUUACUUUCUUUAAAUUUGUAAAUAUCAUUGAAGAGGGCAAAUAUAAACUUGAAAUGGACGUGAGCCUCCUACAACUGUUAGGUUCAAGUUGUGUUUUUAUCUUGACACGCUAAACUUGGAAAAUGUUGCAAGCCAGACUUCUCAGUUCUGCAGGAGCGGAGAGGGGCUCACAGCCCAUGAGGUGUGCGCAGGACUGACUUACUCCGUGCCUGCCACCAGGAAAGUCUGCAUCUUGUCCCAGUCCUUACCCUAUAAAGAUCAGUCUUCUGGAGAACAGGGGACUGGACUUGCAUUUACGUCUGAAAGGAAGGCUGACCUCCAAAAGGAUUACAGUCGGCUAUGCCAUUAAGCAACUCACAUAUACUAUAUUUUUAUUGGCUUAAUGUGAACAUUGUGAGCCAUUUGAAUAAUAAACUAUUUGUUAUUAA